AUGAAGUAUACGUUGGUCUACUCCCUCGCUCUGAUACUUUCACUUGUCGUUGCUGCUGAUGAGGACAGUAUCACUACUGCACCAACCACAACCACCAAUCCAUAUGCUACAUACCCAAGUGUUGCCAAAACCGCAUCCAUCAAUGGAUUUGCAGACAGAAUCUAUGAUCAAUUACCAGAAUGUGCUCAGCCAUGUAUGUUCCAAAACACAGGUGUUACGCCAUGUCCGUACUGGGAUACUGGAUGUCUCUGUAUCAUGCCAAUGUUCCAAGACAAGAUAGGAAAAUGUAUUGCCGAGAACUGUCGUGGAGAGGAUGUGUUAGAUGCCAGGUCGUUGGCUACUUCCAUUUGUUCAAGUGCAGGUGUUUGGGAACCAUACUGGAUGCCACCAGCAAGUGUAAGUUCUAUGCUUGAGUCUGCUGCAACUGCUGUUCCAGUUACGUCUACAACUGAGGAGUCAUCGUCUACUGAAGAGUCAUCGUCUACUGAAGAGUCAUCAUCUACUGAGGAGUCAUCGUCUACUGAAGAGUCAUCGUCUACUGAAGAGUCAUCAUCUACUGAAGUGUCAUCAUCUGCUGAAGAGACAUCCUCUGUUGAAGAGUCGUCUACCGUCGAGUCGUCUACCGAAGAAUCAUCAACUGCUGAAGAGUCGUCCACCUCCUCUAUUAGUCAAGCUCCAUCUUCGUCUUCAGACUCAUUAAUCACCUCGGCACCAUCGUCUUCCACUACCAAUCCAUAUGCCACCUACCCAAGUGUUGCCAAAACCGCAUCCAUCAAUGGAUUUGCAGACAGAAUCUAUGAUCAAUUACCAGAAUGUGCUCAGCCAUGUAUGUUCCAAAACACAGGUGUUACGCCAUGUCCGUACUGGGAUACUGGAUGUCUCUGUAUCAUGCCAACAUUUCAAGGAGCAGUUGGAAAAUGUAUUGCCGAGAACUGUCGUGGAGAAGAUGUGUUAGAUGCCAGGUCGUUGGCUACUUCCAUUUGUUCAAGUGCAGGUGUUUGGGAACCAUACUGGAUGCCGCCAGCAAGUGUAAGUUCCAUGCUUGAGUCUGCUGCAACUGCUGUCCCAAUUACUUCAAGCGAUGAUUCGAACUCCCAGGCUUCGAACACCGAGUCUUUAUCACAAUCAACUGACGACACAGUAUCUUCUGCUGAUCCAUCUGCUGAAUCUUCUGCUGAUCCAUCUGCUGAAUCUUCUGCUGAGCCAUCUGCUGAAUCUUCUGCUGAGCCAUCUGCUGAAUCUUCUGCUGAGCCAUCUGUUGAAUCUUCUGCUGAACCAUCUUUUAGUCACGGAACCACCGACUCUGUUUCUGCGUCAUCCGUUGAAUCCACUCUACCAACUGAGUCGGUCACCCCAGGAGAAUCAUUUGUUAUUUCGGCUUUGUUUAAUGGUGAGGUCACCACCUUCGAAUCCAAUGGCACUCAUAUCAAAUUGUACGAUGGUUCCGAAGUGCAAUUCAGAAUUGUUGAUGGUUUACUUCAAGUUGGGGAAUCAGGAUAUGUCCAUGUUGGCACUGUUGGAGAAUUGAUCGUUGGUGAUGUUGAUGGCGCAACAAGUGGAUGGGGACUUGAAAAUAACAGAGUAACAUUGGCUCCAUCAUCUUCUGCAAGAUUGAUGAAACGUGAAAAUGAGGUGCAAUUCUACGCUUGCCCAGCUGAAGUUGGAUACGACGUUUGUGUUGCUGAUGGUGAAGGAUGUGUUCCUAUUGGUGCCGUCGCUGGACCAUUGAGUGCACCAGAGUCAUCUACUAUUGAUGAAGCAAGUGUUACCCCAUCUGCAUCUGAAAGUGGUGAUGCAACCGGUUCCUCUGGUGUCACCGAAACUGGUGCAUCUCAAUCAUCGGACGUCUCUGAACCAAGUGUAUCUCACUCAUCGGAUGUUUCCCAUGAGUCAUAUCCGUCAACGUCAACUGUCACUUCCGAGAUUACAACUACUGAUGAAGAAGGUGUCGCUUCCACGUUAACCACAACCAUUGUCGUUACCAAGGUCAGUGAAUACUGUGCUCAAGAGUCUGCUAGUUCUGUUCAAAGCGAGGCACACUCUGCACAAACAAGUGCUGCUGCUGUUCAAUCCACAUGUAUUGAAAAACAACAGAGUAUUGUGACUGUUAUUGUUUCGUGUGAAUCUGCUAUUUCAUCUUUGCACUCAGUCAAAUCAAGUGCACAGCAAGUUACUAAGACUGAGAUUGUUUACAGUUGUGAGAGUCAAAUCAGCUCCCUUAGUUCAGUUGAGCAACAAGCUCACAAGACUUUGGAAGCAGUUGUGUCUGAGUAUGACUCUGCUGUGUCGGUACAGAAGUCAGCUGCAGAACAACAAAAGUCAGCUGCUCAAGUGCAAUUGAGCGAAGCUGAGUUGCAACAUUCAUCUGAAGCUGUGGCUCACGCUCAAUCCGCUGCUGCUGAAGCCUACACCGCUGCUGUUGAAGCGUCUCAAGCUGCUUCUAUAGCAUCUGCUGCUAAAGCAACUGUUGCUGCUGUUGCAAGAACUGCACCUGGUGCGGAAGAAACUGGUGAGACUGCUCCACAAGGCGAAGGUGCAGGUGAGGCUGCUCCACAAGGCGAAGGUGCAGGUGAGGCUGCUCCACAAGGCGAAGGUGCAGGUGAGGCUGCUCCACAAGAUGAAAGUGAGGCUGCAAAAGCUCAAGCUUCAUCAUCAGUGUCAGAAACUAGCAAUGAAACUCAAACAAUUGCUGCUGUCAAUGCAGGGGCAAAGUCAUUUGGGUUAUCAAUGAGUAUGAUGAGUACCAUUGUUGCAUUUGCUGCUCUUUUGAUGUAA